GCAGGAUGGAGCCGAGGAGGAAGAGAUAGAAUUUCCACCUGUGAAUGAUAAACAAGAGCGGUGAUCCUGGAAGACGGAACAAUCCAGAGGAGGGGGCGCUGACCUCCCCCAUACAGAGACCUGGACGGUGAGAUGACGCGUCACUUUGAGGACUGAGAGGCGACCCUGUUCACGGGCAUCAAAGAAGAAGAUGUUGUCCUUCUCAUGAUCUACAGGAAGGAAGUUGUGGCCCCUAUGACGUGGCCCCGCAGAGUCUUAGUGGCCCUUUGUCUUCCUGAGAGCCUCGGCCCGGUCUGUAUUAUAAGUCCUCUCAAUGACAUGUGCCGCGGCUCCAUCAUCUCUGAACUGUGAUCCAUAAUCUCCCAGCAUCCUCUUCUCCAUCAUGGCCAGAUCCCUGGAGACCCAUCCUUGAUAUUUUGCUGAGAUUUUAAGUUUUCCCGUUUGUUCCUCUCCUGUAACCAUGUCAUCCAUUGAUGAGUUACCGCCCCCGAGGGCUUCACCCAACCAAGAACGGAUCCAGAGCGACGCCUUGGAGGAGCACACAGAACUGUGGUGGUCUCGGGAGCCGGUGAAGUCCAUAUUAUGCUACAGCUUCUCGGUGCUUCUGAUCUUGGCUUGUGGCAUUGGUGGGAUUGUUCUUCUCUCCACUACCACCAGUCCAUCGGGGGAGUGGAGGAUGGGGGUCGGGGCCACCCUUUGUAUUCUCGCCCUGUUGGUUCUACUGAAGCAGCUUCUCAGCUCUGCUAUCCAGGACAUGCAAUGUCUGACCAGACGGGAACACAUCAAUAUGCUGAAGAGCGGGGGGCUGUCGGACUCGCUGGUGUUCCUGGUCAGCUCCUUAGUCAUCCUGGCCUGUGGUGUCGCCCUACUUGUACUUUCCUUUACUGGGGACCCUCCAGGCUACCCCUCCAUACUGGUCACCAUGCACACCGUGGGGGUGACGCUGGUCGUGGUGGGAUUAGUCAUCAUCCUCGGACUCUUUAUAUUCCUUCUAGUCAUCUAUUGUAGACCUUGUUGUUCUAGACGCUUUAGUCCCCGUAAUAUCGGGGUCUUCUCCAUCUCUGGGCAACUACAUCAGCGGCAGAACACCACCUCAAGUUUGGCCAACCUCAUCUAAGCCGUCCAAGCCAAAGUGACAAGUGGAGUCGAGCUCUUCUGAAUUUUACCAAAUUCUGUGGAUCUGAGCCAAAAUUGUCAUGGUUAUGGUAUGAUGAUGUCAUGGCUAGGGUAUGAUGAUGUCAUGGCUAGGGUAUGAUGAUGUCAUGGUUAGGGUAUGAUGAUGUCAUGGCUAGGGUAUGAUGAUGUCAUGGCUAGGGUAUGAUGAUGUCAUGGUUAGGGUAUGAUGAUACGAAAAAGCAGGAGAUGAUCCAGCAAUUCAAAGGAACGUAGGGCUUUAUUAGAAAUUUUCAGAUAAAAUAUGCAUCCACAUCACAUCACAUACACCAACUUGACACGUUUCAAGCGCAUGUUUCCACAUCACGCACGCCAACUUGGCGCGUUUCGAGCGCAUGCAUCCACUUCACAUCACAUACGCCAACAUGACGUGUUUCGAGCGCAUGCAUCCACUUCAUCACAUACGCCAACUUGACGCGUUUCGAGCACAUGCAUCCACUUCACAUCAUAUGCGCCAACUUGACGCGUUUUGAGCGCAUGCAUCCACUUCACAUCACAUAUGCCAACUUGACGCGUUUCGAGCACAUGCAUCCACUUCACAUCAUAUGCGCCAAUUUGACGCGUUUUGAGCGCAUGCAUCCACUUCACAUACGCCAACUUGACGUGUUUCCAGCGCAUGCAUCCACUUCACAUCACAUACGCUAGCUUGACGCGUUUCGAGCACAUGCAUCCGCUUCACAUCACAUACUCCAACUUGACGCGUUUCGAGCACAUGCAUCAACUUCACAUCACAUGCGCCAGCUUGACGCAUUUCGAGCACAUGCAUCCACUUCACAUACUCCAACUUGACGCGUUUCGAGCACAUGCAUCAACUUCACAUCACAUGCGCCAACUUGACACAUUUCGAGCGCAUGCGCUCGAAACGCGUCAAUAUGGCAUAUGUGAUGUGAAGUUUUCUAAUAGAGCCGUACAUUCCUUUUGAAUUGCUGGAUCAUCUCUUGCUUUUUCAUCUCAUUGUGGCACCUGUAAGAUGAUGUCAUGGUGGGGUUUUGAUUUAUCGUAAGGUUUGCCAUAUUGUGGAAACGAUAAUAUGAAGUCAUAAUGAGGACAUGAUGUCAUGUGGAGGUCAUUGGGAAAUCACAAUUAGGUCAUGAUAGCAUUAUAAUGAUGUCAUGGUGAGACCAUAAGAGGGUCAGGUGGAGGUCAUGAAAGGAUUAUAGAGUCAUGAUGUUGUGAGGUUGAGGUCAUGAUGGGGAGAUAAUAGGGUCAUGAUGAUGUCAUGAUGGGGAGAUAAUAGGGUCAUGAUGAUGUCAUGAUGGGGAGAUAAUAGGGUCAUGAUGUGGACAUGACGGCGCCUAUAAAACUCCCAUUGGCCUCCAUCCAAUAAUCUAUUCUUCAUCCGGUCGCAGUGGGCGGUCGGCUCCGCGGUCUUUGUACCUGAUUUUAUACAAUGUUUAGUCAGCAAUCCUGAGUUCUUGGAACAUUCUUAAUCUUUAACCCCUUCACUCUGUUUACUGUAACAAAGACAAGAAUGUUCCUGUUCCUCCACCAUGUAGAAAAUCCUGCUCCCCCCCCCCAGUUAUGUGCGCAGAUUUCUGUGACCUCUCCGGUGAUUCGUCAUUGUUAUCCGUCCGCACACCUGACAUUCCCGAGGCUCCAGUCACAUCCAAAGCUGAUGGUGUCUGAUCUGAGCUCCCACAAUGCACUGCUCUCUGGUCUCAGGAAUUUAGCAGCUCUGGAUUUGAAUAGAGUAAAACACGUAACUCAGUCCAACACCCGCAAAAUUAUAAUCCAGAGUUACUGAGGCUGCGGACGCACUGCGAUUUUGCGUAAUUCUACUAUUAGUUGCUCUCUCCCACAAACAGCGCCACCCUUUGUCCUCAGUUUAUAGGUGGUAUUGCAACUCAAUUCGAUUAAAGUGAACGGAGCCUAGCUGUAAUACCACACACAACCUGAGGACAGAGGUGGCGCUGUUUAUUGGAAGAAAACACCAAUAACUGCCGUCCAAAGCAACACACCGAGCACGGAGACCCCCACCAAUCAGGAGAACAUAGAAUAGUGACCCAUAGCUCUAUUCAGUCAGGGUUCCCUUUUAGAAAUCAUGAGGGGUCCCAGAUAAGUUUUGGGGGCAAAAUGUACACAAAAAAAAGAUAAAAAAGAUUAAAAAGUUGCUCUGUUCUAUAUUUAAAGUAACAGGUGACAAUCCAGCAGUUCCUUGCAGCGCCCUCUACUGUCCCCCCGGGGGGUCCUUGACCCUUCACCCCCCGCAGCGUCAUUGACACAAUGGGGCCAAACAUUGAGAGCAAAGAAAGACAAUAGUGCACGCAAUGCAUGCUGGGAAACCCCAUAAACAGCAGAUAGAGGAGGUUUAGAUACAAUGUAACAGAAAGUAUCAGAACCAGAUGUUUCCUUUUGUAUCAGUUCUUCCUGUUACUGGGAUUUAGAGCCGGAUAGUGGUGGCCCCCAAUGUAUCGGGGCCCCUAGAAUCACACGCCGUGUGUAGUGCUGCAGGUGCCUCUUAUAUGGAGUAUGCCCCAGAAAUAAGCUGAUCGCUAACUGUCAUGCCCCCCUCCUUAACUGUUGCAAAACUAAAACUCCCAGCAUGCCCAGACAGCCGUUGGCUGUCCGGGCAUGCUGGGAGUUGUAGUUUUGCAACAGCUGGAGGCUCCCCAGUUGGGAAACACUGACCUAAGCCUGUCCGGGCAUGCUGGGAGUUGUAGUUUUGCAACAGCUGGAGGCACACUGGUUGGGAAACACUGGCCAAUGGCUGUCCGGGCAUGCUGGGAGUUGUAGUUUUGAAACAGCUGGAGGCACCCCAGUUGGGAAACACUGGCCAAAGGCUGUCUGGGCAUGCUGGGAGUUGUAGUUUUGCAACAGCUGGAGGCACACUGGUUGGGAAACACUGGCCAAUGGCUGUCCGGGCAUGCUGGGAGUUGUAGUUUUGAAACAGCUGGAGGCACCCCAGUUGGGAAACACUGGCCAAAGGCUGUCUGGGCAUGCUGGGAGUUGUAGUAUUGCGACAGCUGGAGGCUCCCCAGUUGGGAAACACUGGUCAAAGGCUGUCUGGGCAUGCUGGGAGUUGUAGUUUUGCAACAGCUGGAGGCACCCCAGUUGGGAAACACUGGCCAAAGGCUGUCUGGGCAUGCUGGGAGUUGUAGUUUUGCAACAGCUGGAGGCACACUGGUUGGGAAACACAGCCAAUGGCUGUCCGGGCAUGCUGGGAGUUGUAGUUUUGAAACAGCUGGAGGCACCCCAGUUGGGAAACACUGGCCAAAGGCUGUUUGGGCAUGCUGGGAGUUUUAGUUUUGCAACAGCUGGAGACACAGUGCUUUCUAGUCUGUUCUGUGACAAGUAUCCUUGUACGACUCUAAAGAUAAAAACAUUAUGGAAUUAAAAACAAAAGACGCCGAUUCGGCCAGUGUUUCACCACGUGUGCCUCCAGCUGUUUCAAAACUACAAUUCCCAGCAUGGUGUCUGCCCAGGAUAGUGACAGCUCCAUCCUCUGCAACCAUAGGGAUGACAUUGUCUGCUGACUGGUCUCCUGGUGUCACAUAACAGAUUAUGUAUAUUGUUCAGGCACCCCCGCCCUUCAUCCUCAUGUUUCACCCCUGUGCACUUUGUACUUUGCACAUUUCCACUUCCAUUGUCUAUUUUUAACCCUCUACAUGCAGCUUUGAUCAUAUUGCAGAGUAAAUUGGCUCAGAAUGUGUUCAGUCGCCUCAGUUCGGACUAAUUUUGAAUAGUUUUGUAUCUUUUACUCCAGAGCUGCACUCACAAUUCAGCUGGAUACUCCAGUUAGUGCUGCACACAUGCUGUCCUGAUCCUCUGCUGCCCCCUGCUGGUUUAUUAAGGGGGGUUUAACCAGGAUUAGAAAAACAGAGGAAAUUGUUUUCCAAAAAAAACAGCGCCACCCUCUAUCCUCAGGUUGUGUGUGGUAUUGCAGCGCAGUUCCAUGGAAGUGAAUGAAGCCAAGUUGUAAUAACACAUACAACCUGAGGACAAGGGGUGGCACUGUUUUUAGAAGAAAUUAGCUCUCUUUUUCUUGCUCUGCUGUGGUACCGUAAUGUUUCAAAACUACAACUCCCAGCAUGCUUAAAGUUGCACAUAUCAUGUACACUCACCAUCAUUAGUCCUACAGCACCACCUGUUUUAUCCUAGCACAGCUGCAUCUAUGCCAUUCAUUACUGUGACUGGGUCAUGUGAUCCCCAGUCUGACCCACAGAAAAUCACAGCGUAUUAUAUCUCAGAGGAAUUGGUCAGUCCUAGGUCAGCUGACUUCCUGUAAACUACAUCAUCCGAUUGCUCCUGAACGCUCCCCCCAGCAGUCUAAUUAAACAAUUAGGUGUGUGAUGAGACUCCACACCCCCUCUCUCUCUGCAAAGCCAAAAGGAUUUAUGUAGGAAGCAUUAGGAAAUCAUUUCAGUAAUGGAAUUGGUAUCAGGAUGGCUGAAAACCUCAUUCCUGCCAAAUCAGCUAAAACAGGUAAACGCAAGACAUGCACAAGGACCUCCACAUUAUUCUCUAAUAAUAGCCUUGGCUGGAGUGCUUCUUUAACCUUCAGGCAGAUCCAAAAAAUAAUAAUGGGUUUUGCCCAAAAAAUUGCCCCAAAAAUGCCCAAUUUUUUUUUAAAUUUCCUUAUAAGAGAAGGCAGAAGAAUUGUGAAAGCAUCUCUAGAUGUGAUUGGAGUUUAACAACUGAUGUAUCGUCAGAACUGUAAAUGCAGCUCUGGAAGUGACUGGAGUAAAAGUAAUGAUAUAAUAGCAGGUUAAUGCAGAGCAGUAUGUGACUACCGCAGUGGUCUCAUACCUGUAG